GUGAAUAAUCCAGUUUUAAUUUAAUUUCAUAAACAGUUUGUUUCAGAUUAUCAAGAUUGUCAAGUAGUUGGUCCUUUAAGUCUGAUCUAACUAAAGAAUGACCCGUCACGGACUUAACUGUACCAACUCUGCUGUGUACAGCUAUGCUGAAAGAAAGAAAGACCAGAAAGCUGCUGGUUAUGGAGCUGAGCGCAUGCGUCUAGGCAAGGAUGCCGUGAAGGGGUUUGACUGCUGUUCUUUAACACUGCAACCAACCUCAAGACCUGUUAUAACUCCACAAGGGUGGAUUUUUGACAAGGAAGCCAUUUUCAAAUUUAUUCUGGAUAAAAAGAAAGAAUAUGAGAAGAAAAUGGCAGAAUAUGACCGACAGAAGGACUCGGAAAUGGAAGAGUUCAGAGAUAUUGCUGCAGCAGAGAAGGAGCAACUUAAACAGAAGUUUGAAGAAACCGAGAAAAGUAUUGUAACCAAACGCAUAGACGCUAAGAAGACAAAUGAUGGGGCAGAAAUCAGUAACAUGACAGAAGACAGGAAGAGGGUACUUCCAGCCUUUUGGUUACCUAGCUGUGGACCUCAGGCAAAGAAGAGUAAGGUUGAAAAGCCGGAUAAAACAGUUUAUUGUCCUAUGUCGAGGAAACCAAUUCGAGUAAAGGAUCUUGUAGAUGUUCAAUGGACAGUUGCCAGAGAUCCAGACGAUAAGCGUAGCCUCAUCGCCAGAGAGGAGAGAUAUCAGUGUGCUGUUACGGGAGACGUGUUGAACAAUUCAUCUCAUUGUGUUGUACUCCGUCCAACAGGUCAUGUAGUUACCGUUGACUGUGUUGAGAAAAUCAUUAAGAAAGAUUGGCAGCAUCCUCUAACAGGACAAAGUUUGAAGGAGAAGGAUAUUAUCUACAUCCAGCGGGGAGCAACUGGGUUCAGUUCAGCCAACUCAGAACUCAUUGCGGAGAGAGAUCGCCCUGCCAUGUCCGUUGCGUAGUUCUCAUAGUUAUGAUAUGUUUUUCCUCAUCCUCUCAACCUCAUCAUUUUAUCUAAAUAUCUCCUUAGUUCAGCUUUCCAUGUAAUUUUACUUCAUUUAAAACUUGUUUUCUAAUACUAUUCGUGUAUCGUAAACUAAGUUGAAUAAUAAUAAAUAAAUAUAUAUUUACAAAAAUUAAA